CCACUCGUUCAAUCACAAUCACAUCACAACUUUCUCGUCAAUCUUCUCUGCAACUCUUUCUCUCUCUAAAACGGUUACUCUCUCUCUCUCUCUUCCGAAUCUCAAGUCUCAACCAUGUCUCCCAACGCCGCCGCUCAGCCCAAGCCCAAGAAAACCGCUGCAGCAAAGAAGCCUCUCUCUCAUCCUACUUACGCUGAGAUGAUAACUGAAGCAAUUGUGAGUUUGAAAGAACGAACUGGUUCAAGCCAACACGCGAUUACAAAAUUCAUCGAAGAGAAGCAUAAGGAUUUAUCUCCAACAUUCCGCAAACUCAUUCUUCUUCAUCUGAAGAAAUCUGUGGCUUCUGGAAAGCUUGUGAAGGUGAAAAACUCCUUCAAAAUCGCCCCAGCUGUGGCCAAAACUGCUCCGGUGAAGGCCGCUAUUGCUCCUGCUAAGAAGGCUAAGGCUGUUACCAAGCCAGCCGCUAAGGCUGCAACUAAGCCAAAGGCGAAAGCUGCUGCUGUGAAGCCGAAAGCUGCCGCAAAGCCAAAAGCAGCGGCGAAGCCUAAGGCUGUUGUGAAGCCGAAAGCAAAGAGUGUGAAGGCUACGCCGGUGAAGAAAGCGGCGAAGAAGGUGGUUGCAAAGAAGCCGAAGAGUGUUAAGACUCCGGUGAAGAAAGCUAAGAAGUGAAAAUUAGGGUUUAAUUUGGGAAUUUUUAGUGAUGUGUGAAAUUUGAGGGUUUAUUAUUAUAUGAGUAUUAGAGUUGGAUUUUAUUAUCAUAAUAUAAUAUAAUAUUAUUAGGAAGUUGUUGCUGUAAAUUCUUUGAUAGGAACAUAUCUAAUGUUCUUGUAUUAUCUCUACAAAUCCUAAUGAAUCAGGUUUUCUGUUUUCUCUAA